UCAUUUCAUUCACCAUCAUUGAAAAAAAAAUCUAGUUCUGUUCUGUCACGAAAUUGUAUUUAUUUAAUUUUAGCCAAUGUGUUACAUUAUUUUUGUUGCUUUAUAAUAGUAGAUUUAUAAUUAAAUUUCAAUUGUUUAGCGUUUAUUAACUGUGCUGGUUAUAUAAUAACGAUAAACAUGUUCGAUGUGUGUUUGUAAUCGGCCACAUAGUUUACUUCGUCGCAGCACGAUUGUCCCAUACUGGCCAUUCGUGGUAUUUUUCACGGUGUUCCGUGUCCCGCGAUGUGGUUUAGAUAGUGAAUAAUAAAGUGGUACGCGUGUGAAAUGUCCCAACAUGGAUGCCCAGAGAGACUGUCGAAUAGAUCGAAGGGUUUCCCGGAUGAGAGCGCUGGGCAGGCCACGAUGGAAGUGCUGGUGGAGACCCUGACGGGCACCGCGUUCGAGAUGACGGUGUCGCCCUCCGACACUAUCUUCGCGAUCAAGUCGAAGAUCUUCAGGGUGGAGGGCAUCCCAGUCUCCCAACAGCACCUAGUCUACAACCUGAAAGAGCUAGAAGACGCGGCCUCGCUCCGCGCACUAGGCAUAUCAGAUGGUGCUCGCUUGCGGCUCGUAUUAGGCAUGCGAGGCGGCCCCAUAUCUACCCGCCGUCUACCCCCACCCCCCACCGAGCCGUGGAGGGAUAUCGAGCGGCUGUUAGACUCGAACAGAGAUGAGGCGUGGUCCCACAGCGGCGCAGGCUGCAAGGUCACUGUACUGGUGUUUAGAGAUGGCGAGCGCGUGAACAUGCUCCGCGUGCGAGAGAACAGGGACGGCUCUAUACAGUCCCGGGACCACGACUGUACGUCAGAUGCCCUUCCGCACGCCGCAGAGCCUGCCCCCCGAGACACCGCGACGGGCGGCGCGCGCGACAACGCGGUCACCAUGAACAAGAUGAUGGAGCUCCGGAGACGCAUGGAGACCCUCUCCGUGCGGCGACGGGCAGACACCAAGGCGGAAAUCCAAAAGACCCGCUCCGAGGAAACCCUAUCCGUCCCCUCUCUCCUCGACGACGGCGCGUACCGCGCCUGCACGCCCGCCCUCUACGACGACUUCCGCGACGGACGCCUGUUCGACGACUGUCGCGACGGACGCCUGUUCGACGACUGUCGCGACGGACGCCUGUUCGACGACUGUCGCGACGGACGACUGUUCGACGACUGUUCGAGGGAUGUGAGACUGUACGAAGAUUGUCCGAGAGAGGGGCGGUUGUAUGAAGAGUGUCCGCGGGACGGCCGGUACACGAGGCUGGAUCUUGACUGUGCCUUUGAUCGUUAUACGCUGCUACCGCCUAUUGGCAGCAGAACAGACUCCGACCAAUCCGUCGAUAGGAUCCAAGAGGUCGACAGCGAGCGUCUCAUGUCCGACGCUCUCGCCGGCUCCAUACUUGUGAAGAGGAGGGACCGAGAGGAAGAGGCUAUACUGGAGGAGUGUCUCGAGGGCGUCGAGAGUUUGAGGGACUCUCCGCAGCUGGCCGCCGGGGACCUGGCGCCGAUACCUGCGGCUGAAUAUGGUCCGCUGGUGGGCGGCGGCUGGCGCGCGCGGCCGUUCGGGUCGCACGGCGCGCUGGCGCCGCCGCCCCUCGCGCUGCCGCCGCUGGCGCCGCUCGGCGCCGCCGCGCACUCGGCCUCCUCGCUGCAGCUGCAGCCGCACCCGCCGCUCGAGGACGCGCUGUUCAGCUCCUCCACCAGCGACCUGGAGACCCUCACGAGGAACAGGAUGCUGCCGCUCAGCAGGCACCGAAACCGCGAGCACCUGCACCUGAGCGACGAGGGCCUCGACGUGUCGCACCGGCCGCGCAACCUCGAGGUGGGCAGCGAGCGGCGCCAGAGAAGGAUCAAGAAGAUCGCGGAACUGGAGAACUCCAGGCUGUUCCGGUUUGGGGACUCCUUUGAAGAUGUCGUACAGGAAGUAGAAAAGGAGCCAGAAAAGAAGGAAAUUAAGAAGAUAGCCAGGAUACGAUGCGGGUUCUGCAAGAAGAGGCUCAGCAUCGCCACCGUGCACAAGUGCCGGUGCGGCGCCGAGUUCUGCGCCCCGCACCGGUAUGCCGAGGUGCACGGGUGCUUGUAUGACUAUAAGGCCAACGCACACCAGUACUUGCAGCGCGCUAACCCGCUCGUCUCCGCGCCCAAGCUGCCCAAGAUAUAGCGUCUCCA